AGGAUGUCACGACAGGUCAUCUAGAGCAAGACUCCUUGGAUUCAGCCUUGAAUAUGGAGGAAAUCUCAUUCACAUCACACCCUGCAUCCAGGCACUCGGGUUCCUUCUCACUGAACAGUAGUGAUGAGGACGAGGAGAGUUCAACCAGUAUGUUCACUGGGUCGCCCAUAAAACCACCAGUUCCCCAAUCAAGAAAGAGGAGGAAGAUGAUGGGAAAGGACAAGAUACUGGACACUUUGGUCACUCUAUGCUGGGAGCAACUUCAUACUGCAAUGCUGUCGCCACGGAGCCCCGAUAAUAACAGCUGUCGCAAUGACGAAUACGCAACUUUUGCCCUGGCUGUUGCAGACUCUUUGCGGAAACUUCCACCAGAACGUGUGGAAGCAACAAAAUCCCAGCUCUUCAUUGUGCUUGCUGACGCGCAUUCCCAAGCGACAAAAUCCAGCGGACCUGGGGAUGCAGAUGCCACGGAGCUUCUUCAGACAUCCUUGGAACCAGGGAGUUUCUCUAGUGACCGAGGAAUGACUGCUAGGCCACUCAGCCAGGAGCUUCUGAGUUUUGAAGAUGUGGCCGUGCAUUUUACCGACGAGGAAUGGAUGCUGCUGGAUGCAGGACAGCAGGACCUGUACCGUGAGGUCAUGGCAGAAAAUUCUGGGAUGGUGGCCUCUCUAAGUAAGGAUCCCUGGGCU